AUGGCCAUUGCUCUAUACACUGAUCAGUCUUACCUCCUCUUCUUCAUUUGUUUAAUUUCUGGUCUUCUGCUUCAGUCCUUCAUAAAGAAACGCGUAAAAGGUCACAAAACUAUCCAACUCCCUCCAAGUCCACUGGCACUACCAAUCAUUGGUCAUUUACACUUGCUAGGUUCCACCUUACACCAGUCAUUCCAAACCUUAGCUUUCCGGUAUGGCCCUCUCAUGUUGAUUCGUGCCGGCACGACAACUUCCUAUGUUGUUUCUAAUGCCAUUGUAGCCAAAGAAGUCUUCAAAACACAUGACAUCGAUUUUGCAUCAAGGCCAGAAUUCGGGUCCUCGGACUAUAACAUAUACAAAGAUACGUUGUUUUCCACUUUAGGGUAUGGAAAAUAUUGGAUUUUCAUGAAGAAAGUAUGCAUGAUGGAGCUUCUCUCUGCUGCAUCAAUCAAUCGUUUCGCUGAUAUUCGGAGGCAGGAGAUGGUGAAGCUUUUGGAACUUCUUUUGAAGCGAUCGGGCGAGGGAGAGUCAUGUGAUGUUGGUGUUGAGUUAAUGAGCAUGACAAACAAUAUGAUAUGCAGGAUGACAAUGAGCACUAGGUGCUCAGGAAAUGCUAAUGAAAGUACAGAGAUAAGGGAAAUAGCAAAGGGGAUUACAUUGCUUUCAGGUCAGUUGAGUUUAGGUGAAGUGUUUGGUCCUUUGAAGAAGUAUGAUUUGUUUGGGGCUGGUAAAAAGGUCAAAGCCUUGUUGAUCAGAUAUGAUCAGUUGUUGGAUAGGAUCAUAAUGGAGCAUGAGAAGAAGAGGCACAGCCAGGACAUCAAGAAGAAGGAUAUGAUGGAUAUUCUCUUGGAAAUUUCAGAUGGCGAUCAAACAGCUGAUGUGAAGCUAACUAGAAAUGGUAUCAAGGGAUUUUUCCUGCAUCAUGAUCCGGAGGAUGUGAAGGGGCAGAGAUUUGAUUAUGUGCCAUUUGGAGGUGGAAGGAGAGGCUGCCCUGGUUCGGGAUUGGCGGCGGCUGUGAUGCAUGUGACGCUGGCGGCGGUGGUGCAGUGCUUCCACUGGAAACUCAAGAGUGGAGAUAAGGUUGACAUGGAAGAAGGGGCAGGGUUCUCGGCAGCCUUGGCUCAUCCCCUAGUUUGUUAUCCUACAGUGCGUGUUAAUACUUCGGUAAUUACAACUUAA